GAGAGUGAGCGAGUGAGAGAGAGAGAGACGCGCUCCAAUGAGAAAAGUUUACUUGUUCUUCCCCCGCACAAUCCCACAGCUGAGGGCAUUGAUGUGAACGCAGAGGCUUUCUGGUUUUUACGCGCACUUCUUUCCCCCCCGUCUUUCACCACCACACACGGAGCACAAAUCCACCUUCUCACCUUUAGUUUGGCGCGUGUCUGCAUUUCUUUUCUUUCGUUUUUCCUCCCUUUUAAUGAAUGAUUCUCUCUCGCAACACUUCUAAUACUAAGAUAUCUUCGGAUACGCCGCCGUCCUCGUCUGCACGACCUCACCUCGGCACAUCUCCUCUCAAGUUCAAACGCCACCAAGACUUUCACUCCAGCUUCAGACGCACUUUGGGGAAAUAUCACACGAAGAAAAACUUGAUAUUUUGCGCAGCCGCCGCAGAAGCGACCGCCAACAUGAGCCUGAAAGCUGACGCAGAGCCGAAUAACAACGUUUCCAUCGAAGAGGAGGUACGAACCCUGUUUGUCAGUGGCCUACCGGUUGAUAUCAAACCACGGGAACUUUACCUUCUCUUCAGACCUUUUAAGGGUUAUGAAGGGUCACUGAUUAAGUUAACAUCAAAACAGCCUGUUGGGUUUGUAACCUUUGACAGUCGUACUGGAGCUGAAGCUGCCAAAAAUGCUCUAAAUGGUAUCCGUUUUGACCCCGAAAGUCCCCAGACCCUGCGCUUAGAGUUUGCUAAAGCCAACACGAAGAUGGCAAAGAGUAAGCUGAUGGCCACACCGAACCCCACAAAUAUCCACCCUGCUCUAGGAGCACACUUCAUUGCACGGGACCCAUAUGAUCUGACCGGGGCAGCACUGAUCCCAGCAUCUCCGGAUGCCUGGACUCCUUACCCGCUGUACACCACGGAGCUGACCCCAGGUCUCCCUCACGCAGCCUUCACUUACCCAGCAGCUGCUGCCGCAGCUGCAGCCCUCCACGCCCAGGUGAGGGACCAACCGAUGCGCUGGUACCCUACUCCCUCUGAGACUUCCCAGCCUGGAUGGAAGUCCCGGCAGUUUUGUUAGAUAUUUCGCCAAUGGAAACCACACCUUUAUCCAGCUGAAGUGAGGUUUACCAAGCUCUUGGUUAAUUUAAUCAGGUUUAUUUAAUGGACAAAUGUGCAUUAUUAUAAACAAACAGUAUUUAUAUCUCCUCAAUGUCUCUGGGGUGGGGGGGGGGGUCUGAGUUGAAACCAUCUUGCUGUCGACAAUCCAAGCUUAUCCUUGGCAACUAUUGCGGUACCAUCUUAGCACUUAUUAAAAAAAAAAAAAAACAGUACAAACUCAGUGGAUCAUAAUUUCUGAGGAAAACUGACUCAUUGAAGUUACUGUUAAGAUAGUCCUUCCAUGGUUUACCGCAGCUCCUGGGAGGUUUAGAGGCAUUGAAGAGUCCUUGCAUGUUAGUCUUUUUGGCAUGAAUUUAGAACGCAGAGUUCUGUGUAUCCUGAUUUUCUUAGUGUUUGUUACCUCUUUGCCUUUUGGCCUAGACAGCGAAAUGUUUUGUUUUCCAGUAGAACCUUGGUCUUACCUCUGUGAAAGUUAGGCUGUUGUGUAAAUGGCUAAUCUCGCAUGGACCUUGUGAAUGCAACCCUACGUUCUAAUUCAACCCUAGUCCUUAUGAUCAUAUCAAUGUCUGUCAUUAUUUGAGCAAAGAAAAGUACUAAUAUUUUUGUACUUUUUUGCGUGAUGUAUAUUUAUGCACAUUUGUGCAACUAAAAUAAUGAACCUGUGUAUAAGUUGGAGGUUUAGUCGUCAUCUUUUUGGUGUUACUUUUUGAUCCUAUAACCCUGUUGAUGUAGUUUUAAAGAAGAAAAAGUGCAAUUUGUUUAAGGGGAAAUGGGUACCUGUCCAAAAAAAAAUAAAAAAAAAAUAAAAAAAUGGAAGUGUUCUGAACGUGGCUUGUGCCAUUCUGCUAAAAUGAGAUUGCUGUAAAACAAUCUUUCAGAAUGUGAAACUGGACUACAAACUUAAAAGGUUGAUUUUUCUGGGGGGCCAUUUUGAAAUGGGAAGCAGGAUUAGAGUGAUGGAGGAAUUUAGUUUGUGGUUUAGAAACAUGUUUGUCUUUGUAUCUGCUGUGCAUAAGUUGUAAAAAAAUUCCCAUCUUAUGAAUAAUAAAAGAAGUGAAUGCA